AUGGCAGGAACAAUUCUCAACAUCAGAGACUUCCCGACGCGUCACAUUGUUGGCAACAAGUCCUUCGAAGGCCAUGGGCCUACUCUGUCGCUUUCCAAUCCCAAAGACGGCAGCUCUAUUGUUUCUCUAAAUGGAGUCUCGACAGAAGAUGUUGACCAGGCCGUCGGAGAAGCCCAAAAGGCUAUGAACGGAGACUGGGCUACAUACUCUGGAGCACAGCGAGCUCUUUGUCUGAAUAAGUUUGCAGAUCUUCUGGAUGAAUACGCAGAAGCCAUUGGGUACUUUGAGAGCAUCUGCUCCGGAAGACCGCUUGGACAGGUCGUCGCUGAGAUACCCAGGGUUUCAGCCGUCUACAGAUAUUAUGCAGGAUGGGCAGACAAGAUCAAGGGAGACGCGUACGUGGCUGACGACGGAUUCUACAAGAUUGUGCGGCACGAACCGCUCGGCGUGUGUGCUGGAAUCACGGCUUGGAACGGCUCUUUGCACUUUCUGUCGUGGAAAUCGGCCCCUGCACUGGCCUGCGGAAAUGUGGUGCUGAUCAAGCCGUCGGAAAAGUCACCGCUUGGCACGAUGGCUGCCAGCUAUCUGAUCCAAGCCGCAGGCUUUCCACCCGGCGUCUUCCAGAUUCUUGCUGGAGGCGGCGAGAUUGGAGCGCAUCUGAGUAGCCACAUGGACAUCCAGAAGAUCAGUUUCACCGGAUCCGGCGUCACCGGGCGCAAGAUCCAAGAGGCUGCCACACGCAGCAACCUCAAACGGGUUACGCUGGAACUUGGUGGCAAGAGCCCCGGCAUCGUCUUUGACGACGCCAAUCUCGACACCGCUCUCUUCUGGUGUGUUUUAAGCAUCACGGCAAAUUCAGGGCAGGUGUGCGCUGCCACAUCGCGGCUGCUGCUGCAGGAAAGCAUCGCUGAAGAGUUCCUGAAGCGCAUCAAAUCCCAGUUUGAGGCCAUCGCGACAACCCUGGGCGCUGACCCGCAGGACAAGUCCACCACAUAUGGGCCGCUGGUUGACAAGCUCCAGUACGAGAAAGUUCAGAGAUACAUCCGCUCUGGACAGAAUACAUCGCAGCUGAUCACUGGAGGCAUCGAGGACGAGAAGAGCACGGCGGGCUAUUACGUCGCGCCAACUAUCUUCCUGAACCCCAAGGAUGAUGAUCCCAUCUACCGAGAAGAAGUAUUUGGUCCCGUCCUGUGCGUCAAGACAUUCAAGACGGAAGAGGAAGCCAUCACGAUGGGAAACGAUACAGAGUACGGCCUUGCAGGGUCCGUCUACACGGAAACGACCAAACGUGCCCUCCGAGUCCCCAUGGGCGGCUUCGGGAGCAGUGGCAUCGGCAGGGAGCUAGGUGAGUAUGCACUGCGACACUACACGGAGCCAAAGUCGAUAUGGAUCAAGUAA